AUGGAAUAUUUACAUGUUGAAUCAGCACCUGUUGCUAAAAGCGAGUUGACUAUAUUUAGUGUUCCAACAACACAAGUUGCAAUUGACUCGACUUAUGAGGUUGCUUAUAGACCAUCAGCAAGCUUGGAGAGCAGUCAGGUUUAUGAAAUUCAUGUACCACCAUCGGAGGAUCUUACUGAUUUAUCUUCCACAAUGUUACAUUUGAAAGUUAAAAUAAUUGACAGUACUGGAGAAGCAACUAAGCAAGUGGUAAAAGCAAAAAUGGCGAAAAACUUCGCAAAUGCACUGUUUGAGCAAGUUGAUUUAUUUUUAAAUGGUGUUAAUUUAUCGCAAGCCAACAACAUGUAUCAUUAUCAAGCAUAUCUAGAAGAGCUUCUUUACAGAUUUCCGAGUGAAAUUGAUGUAGGAAAUGCAAGUAGAAGAGAGGCACAAUUUGUGACUCCAGACAGACAAUACGACUUCUAUUUUAAAUUACAUUUACCUAUUUGUCAACAAGAUAGGUUGAUGAUUAAUGCUAUUCCAAUGGUUUUCAAGUUCACGAGAAGUCUAUCAACUUUUCCGGUAUGGGCUGCAGCUGCAUCAGAUACGGAAACUUACAAAACAAAGAUUGAUAGCAUUGCUUUACACGUUCGUAGAGUAAAGCUCUUUCCUGAUGCUAUGACUAGCUUGCUUACAACAUUACAAAAAGUAUCAGCUAAAUAUUUCAUUAUUCGCAAUGAAAUUAAAAAUUUUACUAUAACAAAAGGAGUUAAUAUGAUAAGCAUUGAAAAUAUUUUCAACGGAAUUUUGCCCAGACGGAUUAUAGUAGGAUUUGUAGACGAAGCCAGUUUUUCAGGUGAUAGACAAGCUAAUCCAUUUGAGUUCAAAAAUUAUUCAAUAAAUUAUCUAGCCUUGAAUGUUGAUGGAAAUAGCAUACCAAGUAUUGCAUAUCAGCCAGACUUUGUGAAAGAUCUAUACAUGCGUGAAUUCAUAAAUUUAUAUCGCUAUACUGGUCAAGAUGAUGGGAUACCCCAACUAAAUGUCGAUUAUGAUAAAUAUAAACACUUGUAUUGUUUAUUUGCGUUUGAAUUGGGUGGAGAUGGAACACUUGGCGGAGAAACUGGAACGCUGAAUUUACUCAAGCGUGGUACUAUAAGAUUAGAAAUAAGAUUUUCUGAAACCCUUACGAGUCAAGUCAAGCUUGUAGCAUUGGGACAGUUUGAUAAUAUCAUAACAGUUGAUAAAGAAAGAAAUGUGCAGCUAGAUUAUUGA